AAGGUCGCGUCAUUUUGAGAAAGUAAAAUUGGUCGGUAUUUUGCAUAACCAUAAGCUCCAUGGCGCUCGACACGGUACCAGCCGCUAUAGAAGAGCAAGAAGAAAUCGAUGAAGAAGAAUGGGAACCACGACUUGAUGCACCGGCACAUCACCCGUCUGCUCCGCUUGAUGAGUUAUUCGAGAUCUCGACUACAGUUGAUCCUGGUUAUAUAAUCUCUCUGAUACGGAAACUUUUACCAACCAAUGCAAGUGAUAACCACACUUCUCAUGGCGUUGAUGCAUGUGUUGAUAGUAAAGUAGCCGGUAAUGAUCACGUGGAAGAAAGUUCAGCUUCUCUAUAUGGAGAUGAAGUUCUGAACUCAUCAAACAAUACGUCUGAGAGCAUGAACAUUGUUCAGGAUUAUGAUAAAAAUGCUCGAACAGAAGGAGAAAAUGAAGAGUCAUGCCAUGGGUUUAAUCUGCCUAGUAAUUCGGUAGGAGAAGAAGCUUGGGAAGAGUAUGGUUGCAUUUUGUGGGAUCUUGCUGCAAGUAAAACUAAUGCAGAACUCAUGGUAGAAAAUCUUGUACUUGAAGUACUUUUAGCCAACCUUUUAGUUUCCCAAUCUGUGCGAGUUAAGGAGAUCAGUCUUGGAAUUAUUGGAAACCUUGCCUGCCAUGAAGUUCCGCUGAAACAUGUAGUGUCUACAAAUGGAUUGGUUGAGAUACUUGUGGAUCAAUUAUUUUUAGAUGACACUCAAUGCCUAUGCGAAGCUUGCCGGCUGUUGACUUUGGGUCUUCAAAGUUGUGAACCUAUUCCUUGGGCUGAAGCAUUGCAGUCGGAACAUAUUUUAUGCCGUAUUUUAUGGAUUGCAGAAAAUACCUUAAAUUUACAGCUCAUCGAAAAGAGUGUUGGACUAUUAUUAGCCAUCAUUGAAGGUCAGCUGGAAGUUGUGCAUGUUCUCCUUCCACCUUUGAUGAAGCUGAGUUUACCGAGCAUAUUGAUUAAUCUCUUGACUUUUGAGAUGGGCAAAUUAACAAGUGAAAGAAUUCCUGAAAGGUAUUCAGUUCUUGAUGUAGUUCUCCGUGCAAUUGAAGCUCUUUCUGCUUUAGAUGGUCAUUCUCAUGAAAUCUGUUCAAAUAAGGAACUUUUUAUAUUAGCUUGUGACAUGGUCAAACUCACUGACAAAGUUGAGGUUGCCAACUCUUGCGUUACUGUUGCAGUACUUAUUGCAAAUAUUCUCUCUGACGCAACUGAUUUAGCAUCAGAGAUAUCACAGGAUUUGCCUUUUUUGCAGGGGCUCCUUGAUAUAUUUCCUUUUGCUUCAGAUGAUCUAGAAGCACAAAGUGCACUCUGGAACAUCAUUGCAAGGUUACUCCUUCAUGUUCGAGAAAAUGAGAUGAGUCAAUCAAGUCUAUCUCAGUAUGUUUCAGUUCUUGCAAGCAAAUCUGAUCUGAUUGAAGACAUUCUUCUCGAUUACCAAUUAGAUGACUGCAGCGACAAAGACAAGGGCAUGACCACUUCUUGCACAAAAUCAAAUGCUAAAACUACAGCUAUUAGAAGGUUAAUCAGUAUUUUAGACCAGUGGAUUGUUUCAAAGGAUUCUGCUGAAGAGAACAAUAUGGCAGGUGAACUUCAUCCAGAUAAUGUCAGUGUGAAUAGAUUGCUUGAUUGCUGUCGGAAAUCAUCCAAAUGUAAUGAUGCAUCAUGCUUCAUGGAUUGAUAUUUGCUAAAGGUGUCAUCCUUGUGUCCUGGUCUUGAGAUACAUCCUCAUACAGCUACACCGGAGAAAACUCCUUUACAGAAUACUGCCCGGAGGAACACUAGAUCCUGCAAGGAACAUGUAAUUUCAGCUGAGGACAAGAUUGCCAGAGAUUCAUUGAAAUUGUGGCCAGAUAAGCCCAAGCGGCCCCAGUUUUUUACCUUGUCAGUUUUGAUGGUAGAAUUGGAGUGAAAGUAGAUCUUUGAAACGACCUUGGGACAAUUGGAUAUAGAGAUAAAGGGCAGAAGCAUGGUAUCUGAAAAACCUGCUUGAUUAGUGUAAUGCAUUAUACGUUGUAGCGAAGGAAGGAGGUUGGAGGGAGUUGUGAAAGGCGGGAUAAUUUGCUGCCCUUGUCUGUGUAGAUUGAUUACACAGCAGAGAUCAUUUCACUUGGGUUUGGACAAAAAACAAAAAAACACUGUGCAAAGGGAAAGGUGGAUAAUUAAGUUGUCUUAGAGUAAUGAUACACAUUUUUUUAUUUUUUUUUCGUAACUUUGUUUUAAAUGGAGGGUGGUUGUGUACAAUUUGAAAUUCAAAUAAAAAAAAAGACUAUUUGAUGAA